AUGGAUUCAGCCAGCAUCAACCAAGUUUUCAAUGAGCUUUACAUCCCUGGGUCCCCCAAGGAUGAGCCCAAGAAGGUUCCAGCCGUCGCGCCUUCUCUGAUAAUGCAGGACAAGACCACCGACGCAACUCACCAUUUGUCCUGUGGCUGUCUGGGUGCCGCAUGUAUUCACCAAAACGCUUGGUGGUCCGACAAGGAAGAGCCCAUCCGUCCUAGCCUGGCACCCCUCCGUAGUUCCAGCGCUGUGUCGACCAUCUCAAAUCCUUGA